CUUUGGGACGUCGUCCACGGGACGUGCGUCAACGUGUUACCCGCGCACUCGGACCCGGUGACGGGGGUAAAGUUUUCGCACGACGGCGAGACGCUCGCGACGACGUCGUACGACGGCCUGUGCCGCCUGUGGAGCGUCGCGACCGGGGCGUGCCUGAAGACGCUCACGCUGAGCGUCGGCGUCGGCGGCGGGAAAAACCAAAGCCGCGUCGUCCCGGGGACCUUCGCGCGCUGGACGCCGAACGAUAAGCACCUGCUCGUGGGGACGCUGGACUCGAAGAUUCGGCUGUGGGACGUUCGCAGAGGAAAGCCGGUGCGGACGUACGCGAGCGAGACGCACGUCGGGAGGAAGUACUGCUCCGUCGCGGCGAUCGGGGUGGUCGUCGUGGGACGCGGCGGCGAACCGUCGUCGUCGUCGUCGACUUCUUCUUCCCCGGCGGCGUGUUACGUCAUCGCCGGGUCCGAGGACGGCGGCGUCAGCGUGUUUGAUCUGCAGAGCUCGACGCCGGUCGCGCGGAUCGAGCCGCGGUUCGCGCCGAGGGUAGAUACUCAUACGACGACGAAGAAGCGCGCGCGGGGCGAAGGGACGGAGGACGAGGUUACGGGGGUUGAAGGGACGGAGAACGUCGACCCGAUGGACGCGAAGGAUGAAACGGUCGAUGAGGACGCGUUACGGGAGGAUCCGGAGGAGAUCAACCCGCGCGGUCACGUCGACGCGGUGAUCUGCGUCGACUUCGCCGGGCGCGUCGGCGGCGGCGGCGGCGGCGACGACGCGGGGGGGACCUACGCGUUGGCGACGGCGGCGCUGGAGAAGGACAAGACCGCGAAGCUGUGGCUGUGGCGGUGA